AUGAGGGUACUGUUUCUGGCUUGGGUGGCUUUCGCUGACUGUAAAUCAAGUGUAAACAGACAUGAGAUAAGAAAAAUUCCAGAUGGAAUUCUGUUCGGAACAGCCACUGCAUCCUAUCAAGUCGAAGGCGCAUGGAACGAAGAUGGUAAAAGUGAAAGUAUAUGGGAUCGCUUAACCCACAGCACACCUUGCCCUGUAAAAAACUGUGACACGGGUGAUAUUGCCGACGAUUCUUAUCACCAGUACGAAAGAGACGUAGAGAUGUUGCGAGAACUUGGCCUAGAUUUCUAUAGGUUUUCCUUAUCUUGGACAAGAAUACUCCCAACCAGCUUUCCUGAUAAAAUCAACGAAAAGGGCGUAGAAUAUUAUAACAAUCUCAUCGAUGAAAUGUUAAAGUACAACAUACAACCAAUGGUUACACUAUACCAUUGGGAUUUACCACAGAAACUGCAAGACAUGGGUGGUUGGACUAACCCUCAUGUUGUUGAUUGGUUUACGGACUACGCUCGGAUCGUCUUUGAGUUAUUUGGAGACCGAGUCAAAUAUUGGUUCACCAUUAACGAGCCACGGGAAGUUUGCUAUGAAGGAUAUGGCGGUCCAUCCUUAGCGCCGCUGUAUAAUAUGACGGGAUAUGCUGAUUAUAUGUGUGCAAAAAACAUACUUGUAGCGCAUGCUAAAACAUAUCACAUGUAUAAAAAUGAAUUCUCAAAAAUACAGGGCGGUACUGUUGGUAUAGCGAUCAGUGCUAAUUGGUUUGAAGCUGAAUCGGAAAAGGAAGCUGAAGCCGCUGAAGAGGCUAGACAAUUUGAGUGGGGAACAUAUAUUAAUCCAAUAUUUUCAAAAAACGGAGAUUUUCCUGCAGUUAUGAAAGAGCGAGUAGCCGCUAAAAGCUUUGAACAAGGAUUCUUUCGGUCGAGAUUGCCUGAAUUUAGCCCUGAAGAAGUGGAAUUAAUAAAAGGAAGCUCUGACUUCCUUGGGAUCAACCAUUAUACAAGUAAACUAAUUUACAGAAAUGCCUCUUUAACUAGCGAUACCUACCCAUCACCCUCAUUCUACGAUGAUAUGGGGGUAAUGUCUUAUUACGAUAGUACAUGGGAAAGUGGUGUUUCUUCGUGGUUAAAGAUUGUGCCAUGGGGUUUCUACAACCUUUUAACUAAACUACGCACGGAUUACGAUAACCCUCCAAUAUAUAUCACUGAAAAUGGUUUCUCUACAUACGAGGGGUUGGAAGACGACAGCCGCAUCUCGUACUACAGACAAUAUAUCGACGCCAUGUUGGACGCGGUCGACGAGGGCUCCGAUGUUCGGGCCUAUACAGCGUGGAGCUUGAUGGAUAACUUCGAAUGGCUGCAGGGAUACGCGAAUCGUUUCGGACUGUACGAAGUAGACUACGAGGAUCCCAAACGCACGCGCACGGCGCGCAAAUCCGCCUACGUGUACAAGGAGAUGUUACGCACCAGACAACUCGACUACCACUACGAGCCCGACACCACCCUGCCCAUCACUAUCGACGAAGGACACUGA